GUACAGUGUGUAAUCCAUGUAUAUCUGCAUUAGGUUGUACAGUUCAGCUCUUUAACAAACUCACACGUGUUUUUUUCUCAUUGCAGGACUGUACAUUUUUCACCCGCAAAGAAAUUUUGCGGUUACAUGGCAGAUACCAUGAGUUGGCUCCACAUCUUGUACCGAUGGACUACACCAAGGAGCCUGAGUGUAAUGUGCCUUUAGCCUUGAUAGUCAACAUGCCAGAGUUAAAGGAAAAUCCGUUUCGAAACAGGAUCGUCGAGUCUUUCUCAGAAGACGGGAUGGGCAAUCUCAGCUUCAAUGAAUUCGUGGACAUGUUCUCAGUCCUCAGUGAAAUGGCUCCCAGAGAACUCAAGGCCAUAUAUGCCUUCAAAAUAUAUGAUUUCAAUGUGGACAAUUACCUGUGCAAAGAGGACCUGGAAAAGACUCUGAAUAGGCUGACAAAGGAGGAGCUGACUCCCGAGGAGGUGGAGCUGGUGUGUGAGAAAGCCAUCGAGGAGGCCGAUCUGGACGGAGACAGCAAACUCUCCUUUGCUGACUUUGAGAAUAUGAUAUCUAGGGCACCUGACUUUUUAAGUACCUUCCAUAUACGAAUCUGAGAGGGCUGAGAUGAAGCUUUCCAAGGUCGAUGGUGUGAUGAACCUCAGGACUCUCCCUGAACUGUGUCCUGGCCACAGCACAGUGCCAGUCCUCCAUUCCCAUCGUCAAAAAGAGAAUCACACAUCAGUUCUCUCUGGCUUCAUAGAAGUCUGCCGAGAUAGAAAUCAAGAUAUUGGGUAAAGCUGGAUUCCCAGGACGCUGUAUUUCUCGACUGCAAAUGAAAAUGUAUUUUUAUUUUAUUACUUAUCAAGGGCUUGACCUGGUUCGGUCUCUCGUUGGGAAAAAACGUAAUUCUUCUAACAUUUUAAGUUGAAAAAUGGGAAAUCUAAAGUGUCUAAAUGAGCCAGUCAUCUCCGGAUUGUGGUCAUACUUAAAAUGUUAUUUACCUACAUUGCACAUGUCUUCCUACAAUGACACAGUAGAUGUACGGUUAAAGCUUGAAGUGAAUGAAAGCACAGCAAUGGCAUUAAGGGCAUACAGAUAUUCUCUAUAUGAGCUAUGCAAUAUUUGUACAUGCGGUGUGUUGCUUUAAGUCAUGCUAGGUUGUGUUUCUCGAGCACGUUGACAAUCAUAUAUUCCUGUUCUCCGGGUUAAAUGAAGGGCUCUGUCUUCUGAACUCAUUGUGGUAUCUUUCAUCUGCCUCAGCCAUUAUCAUGAGAUGGUAGUUACAGCCAUUUUUUGGUUACUACACAUGUUACAGUAUUUUAAUGUGACUUCAGGUACUUUUGAUAAAUGCUUUUUUUCCUGUGUGUACUGGUUGUUUGUGUGGUGAAUGCAUUUGUGUCAAUGCAUCUGUGGGAUUUGUUGUCGUCACUGAAAAAAAGAAAUGAAUGAACAGUUGGGAAA